CCACCGAGGUCCAAACCGCACUUGCUGCCCCAUUGAGGACAAGGCGGCAGCAGGAGCGGUGACGGUGUUGCAGAGGAGCUCGACUCCCGGCACGCAGAGCUGACCAACCCGGCGCUCGCGGGUCUCUCCCGUCUCCCCGUCGUACUGGAACUCUGAAAAGAAGGAAUAAAGCAACAACAGGACAAAAGAAAAAGAUUAGAAUUGUGACAAAAACCCAACUGGGUUCUCUUGAUUACAAAGUCCUCUGCUCCUGGUACUGCAACAAUGAGUGGGAAAUCCCUGCUCUUAAAGGUCAUUCUCUUAGGUGAUGGUGGAGUUGGGAAAAGCUCACUUAUGAACCGUUAUGUAACCAAUAAGUUUGACUCCCAGGCUUUUCACACCAUAGGGGUAGAGUUCUUAAAUCGAGAUCUGGAGGUAGAUGGACGCUUUGUAACUCUCCAGAUCUGGGACACCGCAGGGCAGGAACGUUUCAAGAGCCUUAGGACACCCUUCUACAGAGGAGCAGACUGCUGCCUCUUGACCUUCAGCGUGGAUGACCGGCAGAGCUUCGAGAACCUUGGUAAUUGGCAGAAAGAAUUUAUCUACUAUGCAGAUGUGAAGGAUCCUGAGCACUUUCCCUUUGUGGUUCUGGGUAACAAGAUAGACAAAGAGGAUAGGCAAGUGACUACUGAGGAGGCACAAACCUGGUGCAUGGAAAAUGGGGAUUACCCUUAUCUAGAAACUAGUGCCAAAGAUGAUACUAAUGUGACAGUGGCCUUUGAAGAAGCUGUCAGGCAGGUAUUAGCUGUAGAGGAGCAGCUGGAGCAUUGCAUGUUAGGUCACACCAUUGACUUGAACAGUGGCUCCAAAGCAGGAUCUUCAUGCUGUUAAAAGCAAAGAGCCUUUUAAAAGUGUGCCCCAAAUUGGUCAGUCAGUAGUGUAUAAAUAACUGUGCCCGUCUAAGAGUGCACACACAUACAAGAGGGUAAGAGAUAAGGUUCUGAUUGUGAAACAGAGCCUUUCAAAUUGAAGUUGUAGAGCAUUUUUUUUUUUAAAGCUUUAUCAAACCAAGUGUAUUUUGUGUGAUUUCUGCUGCUUCCCCUUCUUGUGUGUCUCAGGAUGUAUCUGGAAGUUUUACUCCUGAGAGAUUUAAAUAUUUUUUAAAUCACACAUUAAACCUAGAUCCCAGCCGCAUGAAGGACUUAAAGAGCUAUAGCUAUCCCUUAAAGCAUUCCAUUAAUCAGCUAACAAAUGUCACCAUCAGACUCUUGCCAAGCAGUUUCUGACAUUUCUGCCAAAGGGAAAAACAUAAGACUCUGAGCUGUAUUACAAUAAACAUAAUAAUGCAAACUAGAAUUUCUAAGCUUGAAUUAUAAAGAGGUUGUAAUGAUUGGGAGUGCAAAAAUAUAAUGAUGUACACUGACUUGUUUAAAUCCUCACGUAUCAUUUGCUCCCAUAUGAACUUUCUAAAAAAUACAAUCUCAGUAAGAGAUAAUCUAAUGACACUGGAAAUUGAUUAUACUCCUUGUGUUUGAAGUCACAGGAUACUAGUGAAUAGAUUAUGCUUAAAUAUGCCAACCACCCUAGAAAAUAAAUGGUUGGUCUGCUUUUACUUCUUAAGUCUACUUUUGCUGCAUAGAGAUGCUGCUUCUCUGACAACCUCUUAUCAGUUUAGCAAUGCUGCUUAGUAUAUGGCUUUGGGUGCAGUGCUUUCUGCUCAUAAUUUAGAUGUUCCUUUGGUCCACCAUGCUGGGCUCACGGAGAAGGCUUCAGAAAAGAUUAGGGAAUAACAGGCUUUUCUCACAAGUUUCCUUAACUCAAAUAUUUACUGUAGAAGAAGGAACUACUGAUUUCUUGUAUGUUUAAUUGUAUGUUCAGCUGGCCAAACUAGGACAUUGAAAGUAAGAGCAGAUUUAACCCUGUGUUAGAAUUAAUUUUUUUUAUAGAGUUGUCCAACAGUGGAAUGGACUGCCUUAAUAGUAAGCUCCCUUCCAGUGAAAAUAGUCACUGGAUGACCAUCUGUUAAAAUACCAUAAAAGAAAAUUCUGUACUGGCUACAUGUUCAAUGUAAGGUCUCUCUGGCUCUAAGUUCUAUAAAUCUAUAAACUCUGUCAGUGCCAUCCUGUGGUUAGAUUUAUCUGAAAAUAAGAGCUAAGAUUAUGGAGAGGGACUUUAAAAAAAUUCUCAAACCAGGGGCGGCGCCUAUGGCUCAAAUGAGUAGGGUGCCAGCCCCAUAUGCCAGAGGUGGCAGGUUCAAACCCAUCCCUGGCCAAAAACUGCAAAAAAAAAAAAAAAAAAAAAUCUCAAACCAUUCUGUGAUGGGCUUUUAACAGCAACUACGUAACUCUUCCUUUUGUUUUUGCACUGUGGCAGGAAAAUUUUUUGAGCUCUGAGUAAUCUUUAUGUGCCCUGAUAUGAACAACCCAAAGAUACCAUAUUAAAAUUAAAAAAAUGGUUUGACAAAUUUUGAUUGCCAUGACUACCAGUUAUAUACCGUGCUAUGAAUAUGUAGUCUAGUUCUUGUUGGUUGAUCUGUUUUUCCUGCACAGUUUUUAAUCUGUACUUUAAAACAUCUGUAAUAAGAAUAAGGACCCAAGGUAGUGAGUGAUAGUUAGAAAUGACACAAAAAGAGACCUAAACCAGGAAGGGAGUGGGAGCUUUCACAGGAAUACAGCCUAGACCUCUCCAUUGUAGCCACAUAUAGAAUCAGCCUUACAUGUAGGACCUUAUGUGCUUUAAGAGCUCGGGGUCUUUUGGGCCACACAGACCAGAGGAGAAUAGUAUUUCAACCCAAGUGUACUCAAUAUUUACAAUUAAGAUCUCGUCCUGACCCUAUUGUUCAAUUAACUUUGAUGGCAGAAGUCAAAGCCAGAACUGGGACCCCACAGCUCUUAAGUAUUGGUUCCUAUCCUGCCUAUGCCUAUAGCCAGCACACUGGUUUUCAAGUUCUAUGAUCAUUUUGCUAUAGUCAUGUUAGGGUGAAAAUCUGUAUGCCACAAGUGUUAAAUGCUAAUUAUUUUUAAGUGCAUGAGACCUGGGGCCUUCUCUUUCUACUUGCACUCUGCUUAUAAUAGUUUCUAUUUGUAGAUCUCAGGCCUUCACAAAGACAUCCAUCAACUCACAAAGUACUUGUCUGUAUUAGAGUGGCAUGUGGUCAUUUAAGUAAAGAAAUUUUGUGAGUAUCCUAUUCAUAGGCAUCCUGUCCAUCCAAGACAAGUGUUAACUAUAUUGGCCCAUCAACUGAAGCCCCUUUCCUCUUAGCCAUACCAAUUUUUUUCUGCCAAAUUACUACAUAAUAUCUUAGUGCAAGCACUUAACAUUAAGUAACAAAAGCAGUGACAUUUUGGUAAUACUCAGUGGGGUGCUGACAUAUAGUUUGGAUAAGAUUAAAAAAACACCAAAGGCUGAAAUCUGUGAGUACCAGGAACUGUGCAUAUAGGUUUAGAAACUGUGUACCCUAGAAUGUGCAGUGCAAUAUUUUCAAUAGGUGAUUUUUAAUGAACACUAGAUUUUUGAAGUAAUAUAUUUCUAAUUAGGACUAUACUGUUUUCCAAUGGUCCAUUACAACAUCAUACAGAAUAUUUAUUUAGUUAUUUAUGUAUUGGCUAACUUUCAGGGGGCCUCAUAACUCCAUAUAUCUUUAGUGGAUUGAUGAAUUUCAGGUUAAUUUGUGCCUGCCUCAGCCAUCUCUUCUUUAUCCUGAGGUAUUCCACAAUCCUCUUGUUGCAGGUGCUGCUAAAAAACUCAAAAGUAUGUAUCAGAUAUUUUCUUCCAAAUGUAAAAAACCAUAUGUGUUAAAGUGAAUAAAAAGUGCAUUUUGAAUAACCAACA